AUGAUCAUUCCAGUACGUUGUUUCACAUGUGGUAAAGUCAUUGGUAAUAAAUGGGAUGCUUAUAUAAGUCUUUUGAGUAAUGAUUACUCUGAAGGUGAUGCUUUGGAUGCACUUAGUUUAAAGAGAUAUUGUUGCAGACGUAUGCUUUUGACACAUGUAGAUUUGAUUGAGAAAUUGUAUGUUGAAAGAAAAGAAUCAAUAGAAACAGACUAUACUAGAACAGAUAAAUACAUCAUUAAUGUCGUCAAUACAACAUUUAAUGAUACACAAAUUUGUUCGUUUCGAGAGAAUAUAUAUAUAACUAACGAAACAAACGAUCAACAAAAGAUACAACAAAAGAAUAAAACGAAAAGAGAAAAGAAUGAGAAAAAUGAUAUAACGAAUGCUCUGCGUUUAAAUGAGGAUGUGAUGAUGGAAAGGAUGAUAGAUUGCAAAAAGAAUUUUCAUAAUCUAAUAGUUUUCUCAUUACUACAUGAAAAUACAAUAAUAUAUAGUAAAAUGCCUUCCCCAAUCGUUAGAAGCAGAAUCGUAAAGAAGAGAACCGCCAAGUUCGUCCGUUUCCAAUCUGAUCUCUUCAAGAGAGUCGGUGCCUCAUGGAGAAAGCCAAGAGGUAUUGAUAACAGAGUCAGACGUAGAUUCUCUGGUGCCCGUCCAAUGCCAUCCGUUGGUUACGGUUCAAACAAGUCCACCAGAGACGUUUGCCCAGACGGAUUCAAGACCUUCGUCAUCAGAAACAUCCAAGAAUUGGAAGUCCUCCUCAUGCACAACAGACGUUACGCCGCUGAAGUUUUCCACGGUGUCUCUGCUAAGUCCAGAAAGGCCAUCGUCGAGAGAGCUGCUGAACUCGAUAUCAAGAUCACCAACCGUAACGCUAGAUUGAGAAGCGAAGAGAGAAACUAA